AUGCCACCAACGCCAAGUAGUCUCUUAACGUACCGAUGUAAUAAAACUAUAUCAUGUAAUUCUUGCAGGCGCUUGAAAAUCAAAUGUGAAAACGAGGUAAAUUUUGAUCAAUCUGCUAAAUGCAGUGGAUGCAUAAAACGUAAUGUUGUAUGCACUUAUACUGAAAGCACAAAAAAGCGUGGACGCAAACCUAGGGAAAAACCUCCUACUACACCUCCAACGCCUUCUACACCUCUUAUACUUUCUACACCUCCAACGCCUUCUACACCUCUAACGCCUUCUACACCUCCAACGCCUUCUACACCUCAAACACCUUCUACACCUCAAACGCCUUCUACACCUCAAACGCCUUCUACACUUCCAACACCUUCUACACCUCCUAUGCCUUCUACAUUCCCCACGCCUCCUUCCGAUGAUGACUAUGGGUUGCUUUGUGAUCCAUUUCAGAAAGAAACAAGACCCGUUGCUAAUAAUUAUACAUUUUUUCGCGAUUUAUUUCAGAAGGAAAUAAAGCACUUUGUUAAUGAUCAUGAUCUGUAUGAGUUGCUUCUUGAUCUAUCUGAGGAGGAAAUAAA